ACGGUGCAGCACCAGUAGAUUUCUCAGCGAGGUUACCUGACCAGAGGAGGACCUGAAGGAGCCCUCUGGAUCUUAAUUUGACCUUCUUCACCUGUUUGACUGGACUGAACAGCUGCCAUGAAUAACAGCAAGGUUGAAUAUGAGCCAUUUGAAUAUUCUUACUAUGAUUAUUCAGACUGGUACUCGAACAAUGCAGAGCCCACCCAACCACCCAAAGAAGUUAUUUUACCAUGUGACCCGACAGCAGACGACAAGCUGUUCCACAUAUGCAUACUGUCAAUAUCUCUGGCCGUCAUGUUGAUCCUGGCAGUUCUCAGCAGGAAAAACAAACUAUGCCAAGGGUUCACAAGAGGAUCCUCCAGCAUCUUUAGUCCAGCCAACUUCCUGGACCAGACUCAGAAAAAAGGCCUGGUCAUGGCUGUUUUUGGGCUGGUGUUCAGCAAGCUGGCGAUGCUGGUGAUCACCCCAGACCCUCUGCCUUUCUCCAAAGACACUCCACAAGAAAUUAAAGAGUACAUGAAGAUAAUUGCCAUUUUCUACUAUCCAGUCCUGUUUUAUCCUCUGUUGGUCUGUGGCACUCUGCAGCACAAAGCUGGCUAUGUGUUCGGGACGCUCCUCUCCUUCAGUCACUUUGGAGUCCUGGUGUGGCAGAAGUUUGACUGUCCAAAGACUCCAGAGAUUUAUAAGUUCUAUGCUCUACUUGGGAGCCUGCCUCAGCUGGCCUGUCUGGCUUAUCUGUGUGUUCAGUUUCCUGUGCUGUUUGUCAAAGGACCGAAGACUGACGAGGACCUUGACAGCAGCUACUACACCAACUAUGUGAAGUUACUUCUCAAGAAAAGGUCCUCAGCUGUGAGCUCUUCAGACACAGACAAGCCAACGCUGGCAAAGAGAAUACUGGAGGUGCCUAAGAGUUACAUUUACAUACCUGAAAAAGUGUUCCGUUAUCCAUUAAAGCUGGCUGUGUCAGCCUUUGUCUCCUGUGUGGCGAUGUAUCACACUGCUCUGCUGUUGGUCACCCUGGUGGUGCCCACUCUCCACAUUGUUCGCGCUGGUAUUGAUGAGAACAUUGCCUUCCUGUUGCUCGGGUUUGGCAUCAUCCUCUCAGACGACAGGAUGGAGGUCGUCCAAAUUGUGACUUUCUACACUUGGUUGCUGGAAGUGUGCUAUCUCUGUGCGAUGACGCUGUCUUGUUUGGUCAGCAUUGCAAUGCUCAUGAAGUCCAUGGUUCUCCACAGGUCAAACUUGAAAGGACUAUAUAAGGGAGACAUUUACAGCCUUUAUAACAGCCAGAAGACCAUCCGUCCAUCUAAACCUGGUGUUGUCUGUUGGAUGGGUUUAACGGGAUACCAGGCCGCAAUCAUCUGUCUCGGCAUGGCCAUCCAGACCGUCGUGUUUUUCAUUUGCUUCUUGUUCCUGGUGUUUUUGAUCAUCAUCCCUGUUUUUUAUGGCCGUAACAUUAUUAUGUUUGAAAUUGCAGGAAUGGCAUGGCCGGUCUGGCUCACGCUGGUUCUGGUGACGCUGCUUCAACAUGUGACUGCUAAGUUUGUUUUCAUUAAGAAGGAAGCUGGUACGAGAGACUUGAAAAACAGAGAGAGCCUGUUCCUCCUGACGUACCUUCUGUUCCUGGUCAACAUUGUGGUGGGAUUUAUUGUUGCGAUAUGGAGGAUGGUGAUAACAGCUUUGUACAACAUCCUCCAUCUCGGUCGUAUGGACAUCAGUCUGCUUCACCGCACCGCCGAGUCCAACGAUCCAGCCUACCGAUACUACACCCACUUCCUGAAGGUGGAGGUGAGUCAGUCACACCCGGUGCUGAAGGCUUUCUGCGGGCUGCUGCUGGACAUGAUGGUCGAGGGCGGCCGCGUUGGACAGAAAAUAAAAGACGCAGAGGAAGCCUGCUCCUCCUCCAUGCUUUCAGGGAGCCAGGACAACAAACCCAGCAAGGCGAGCAUCAGCCGGAGGGUUCGCGCUCGCUGGCAGCUGCUGUACACACUGGUCAACAACCCCUCUCUGCUGGGCUCCAGGAAGCACUUCCAGACGCUGCAGACCGCGGACAACAUCCUGAACGGCACGCCCAGCCGCACCUCCAAGAAAGACAGCAUGAAGGAGGCCGCAACGCCGGCCGUGACGCCGGCCGCAGAGCCGGUCCAGUCCACCGAGACGCCAGCAAGCCAGGAAAAAACUGACUGAAAGCCCUAUGCUGGCGAUAUACUCCAAACUAAACUAAAGUAUUGCACUGUUAGGGGAAGAUUACAUCAAAUAAUGAAAGAAUAAUUAGAGGUUAGGCAACUAAAACGUCCGGUGAAAGUUCCAAGACCCCCAGUCCUACACUCAGUGAGCCACUCAGUCUGUGAGCUUCAAAAAUACCAAUUUGUUUGUGAUAUUGUUUGGAGUAUACUUCCAGAUUUUUACACGGCCCUAGAGUAAACUAAAACAUCAGCCAGAGUUCAUCAAACAGUUCAUGGUGACCAAUUACAGAAGCUUGGUUACGAAGUUUUGGAUGGGAUUUAUUUAACUUCAGUGAAUUAAACAGACGGAUUUGUAUAGUCCACAAACUGGUCAAUCCUUAUGGGGUUUAAUAUUGUGCCUAUAAUCAGAAAAUGCAGGAAAAUCUUUUGGAAGGUUGAAGUCCGAAGCCUGAAACUAAGUUUUGAAAGCAAUUGUCUGUAAAUACUAGUUUAUAUUCGAAUUUCGUUUUUAAUUGCUUCAGAGCUCUUUUUACAGGGUUUGUCAUAGAGUUUCUUGUAACAUCAGACCAAACAUACACAUGUGUCUUUCAGCCUUUUCAAAAUAAAGCUUCCAUUCAAAACUCAUGUUUCAAGGUUUUAGAACAGCAGUGUUUAGAUUAAUAAGGUUUCAAACCUGGGAAAUAAUUCACCAGAGGACCUGUGACCUGUGUGAAAUAUGUUCUUGAUUUGAAACAAAACCUUUUAACAAAAUUACAUUUCAACCUUUCAAAAUGUUUUAUGUAAUUUCAGGAUAUGGCAUGAUAUUAAUCUCAUACUUCAGAGUUAGUCUGCACAUCAUUUAUCUCACUGAUGACUUGUCCUCUACUUUCUUCAACCCCCAUCUGAAUAACAAAGACAUUUACCGAAGCAUAAAUAAAUAUAAAUAAAUAAAAAAAAUCACAGAGGCUCCUACAGAAAUAUGUGCAACUAUCGGCUAUUGUCAGUGCACAACCUUCAUUCUGAUGAUACCUCACAAUGAGCUGAGCGACAGCUCUGAUCAAUGUCACCAGCACAACUGGAGCGCGGUGUCAAUAAGAGGUCUAUUUUUGCCCAGGGUUAAUGCAGCCAUGUCAGCACAUUCUGAUGCGCAUGCGUUUCUUUGUGCUUUGACGCUUGAGAGAUUUUUUUUUUUUUAAGUUCAUGGAUGGUAGAAUUUAUAUAUAGCAUUAAUAUAUAAAAAUGUAUUUUAUCACUCCAGUCUGAACUUGCCGUGCUACAAAUUGUCAUGCAAUAUCUUUUAAAAAAAUGCUUGUAUUCAUGUUUGCAGUAAUCACAGGUGAAUUAUAGGAAUAAAUACAGGUUACUAUCACAUAUGUAGGUAAAAAAAAAAGGUUCUGCCACGUGAUGGAUUUUAAUUGAAAAAUAAAAGUUUGUAUAAAUGAAGCUAUAACAUUCAUAA